AGAAUCCUAGAAAUUAUAGUAAUUGAAUAUAUUUUAAUUAAAUUUUUGUUAUUAAAUAUAUACCAUACUUCAUUUAUAUGACUCCAACUUUUUAAUCCUAUCACACAUUAUAUAGUGCCAAAAAAUACCUGAAAUACUUUAAACAAAAGAAUUAUUUUAUUUGUCAUCAUUAUAUAUAUAUAUUUUCUCAUUCAAUCUGUUAUUUUAAAAAUAUAAUUAUUAUGCACAAAUAGUAAUUUGUAUAAUUUCUAUCGAGUCUAAAUUCAUUCAGAGUAUUAUUCGUAGUUUCAGCCUCAUCGCAACUCAGGCGAUUUUAUUUAUAAAAUCUUUUUUCUCCAGGGACAAAGUUCAAACAUUUUAAAUUUUUCUCUUAAAAUAACUAUGCUUUAUUUCCAAUGCACAAUGUAAAAUUGAUCAUUCAUAUUGGACAAGUUUACAAGAACGAAUUAAAGUCCCUGUUAGGUGUAAUGAAAACUUACUAUAAAUCGUUUAGUUACGAACUUCACUUGCUACACAUUUGAAUUUUGAACUUGAUACGUGAUAACGUGUGUGCAACGGUUACAGCAAUAAGAAUGUCGAAUUAAUCGUAGACUAUUUAAAUAUUUUUUCAAAGUAACCGUGGUUAGAUUUUUCUGAUCACCAAUCAUCAUGAAAUCUAUGAAUUCAAGACCACCUGUUGCAUCACGAAAACAUGCUAACCGUCUAAAAUGUGAUAACGAGACAUCUAAAGAACCCGUCAAAGUUUAUUGUCGUUUAAGACCAAUGAUUCAUCCUAACGACAUAUCGUGUAUAAAUAUCAUUUCUGAUACAAGCUUAAUUAUUACAUCACCAGAAUCUGUAAUAAACAUUCGUACUGCAAACAGAGCUAUUCAAACAUCUUUCAGUCACGUUUUUGACGCCAAUUCUUCUCAGAAAGAAGUAUUCGAUUGUGUUGCUUUACCAUUGAUAGAAAAUCUUGUUAAUGGUAAAAAUAAUUUACUGUUUACAUAUGGGGUGACUGGAAGUGGUAAAACAUACACUAUGUCUGGUAAUCCCAAUGAUCCCGGCAUCAUGCCUCGUACUUUGGAUGUUAUCUUUAAUAGUAUAGCAACUUGCCAGGCCAAGAAGUUUCUCUUUAAACCGGAUAAGUUGAAUGGAUUUGACAUUCAAUCUGAAGCUGAUGCACUAUUAGAUAGACAAAAUGACCUUCAAAGAUUUGUAAUAGCUCAGAAUGGAAAGACUCCUAGAAUGCGAAAACCAGAUAAUGAGAAUAACUUCAAUGAGAAUAUUGUGACACAAAAUAGCAACUCGCAAAUUAUAUUCAUUGAUGAGGAUAAUGUAUAUGCAGUGUUUAUAACUUAUGUUGAAAUUUAUAAUAACAGUGUAUAUGAUUUAUUGGAUGAUAAUGAAGGAAAAGUAAAAACUUUACAGAGUAAAAUUAUUCGUGAAGAUGGAAACAGGAACAUGUAUAUUCAUGGAUGUACAGAAGUAGAAGUUAAAAGUUCAGAGGAAGCAUUUGAAGUAUUCCAACGUGGUCAACACAAAAGACAUGUUGCAUACACAGCUCUUAAUGCUGAAUCAAGUAGAUCUCACAGUGUUUUCACUAUAAGACUUGUACAGGCACCAUUAGAUAGGGAAGGUGAACAAGUUGUUCAAGAUAAACGAGUCAUUUGCAUCAGUCAGUUAUCCUUAGUAGAUUUAGCUGGAAGUGAACGUACAAAUCGUUCCAAAAAUACUGGUCAACGUCUUAGAGAAGCAGGAAAUAUAAAUAAUUCAUUAAUGACGCUGCGAACAUGCUUGGAAAUACUUCGUGAAAAUCAAACCCAGAAUACAAACAAAAUAGUUCCCUAUCGAGAUUCCAAAGUGACGCACCUUUUUAAGAAUUAUUUUGAUGGUGAAGGAACUGUGAGAAUGAUCGUUUGUGUUAAUCCUAGAGUUGAUGACUAUGACGAAACUAUACAAGUUGUGAAGUUUGCAGAAGUCAGUCAAGAAGUGCAAAUUACAAAUUCUGCAACUCCGAAAGUAAAUCUAGGAUAUGUACCCGGUAGAAAACAAGCCAACAAACUAUUUAAGGAGGCAAAGAAUAGAUUGGAGUGUGCCGGUCAUGCGGGUGCCGGUGACUUAGAAGUCGAUUUAGGUUUAGUAUAUAGUCUUGGAGGUCCAUUCCCAGAAAUGAAUUUAUCCAGUCCACACAAUGAUGAAAUUAUUACUACGUUGAUGCGCUUCUUGGAAAUGCGUAUUCAGAAACGAAACGUCUUACAAGAUGAUUUGAAACAGAAACAAAAUAACUUCAGAAAUAUGUUGGUAAAAAUAGAGCGCGAGAACGUAUCGCUCAAAAUCGAAAAUUCCGCGCUGAAAGCAUCGAGUGACCAACAAAAGAAAAAAAUAUCUACUUUAGAAGCUCAUAUUUGUAAGACGGAAGCCCAUAUCGAUACUUUAUUGUAUAGAUUAAAUAGCGCGAAUGAUAUAAUCAGACACAUGAAACAAGAAUUAAAGAACAAGGACAUGAUAAUAAAUCAACGUGAAAUAGAUAAACUGAGAGUUAAGGAAAAAUACAACAGUAAAAUUCAAGUGGAAACCGACAAAAUGGGCAAGGAAUUAGAAAGUAAACUACGUCGUCAACGUGAACUUCUUCAGUGCCAAAUGAAGGAGAAAGAGGACAAACUGAAAUUAAUGAAACAGAUAUUAGUAAAUAAUAAUGAUGAAAUCACGAAAGAUGAAGAACCUAAGGAAAUAAUUUCAGGAACAAGUGAUAUAGAAAUUCCUACGUCAUCCAAAGUUGCAAGUAGUCCAAGCUGUUCCUCAGAAACUAUGUCUUGUAUGACAGUUACUCCAAAAAUAAGCGCGAAGUCUGCAUCUACUAUUCAGUUUAAAGAUAAUGACAUGACAAUUACUCCAAAAAUUACUCCGAAACCUACGUCUAUUGUUGAGUUUGGAGAUAAUAAUAAUGUCCGAGAAAGAAUUCCAGUAGUAAAUCUGCGAUACAGGCGGUCUCAAAGUGCAGAGAGAUGGAUCGAUCAUCGGCCUCCUGGUUUAGUUCCAGUUGGAACCAUUUUCCAACCUCUUAUGCGACAUAAAUUAAGUGUUACACAAUUGACAGAUCCGAAGGACAUAACAGAUAGAGCAUCCAGAUAUUGCCUCGUUGCGCAGGAGCAGGAUGUGGACGGUGAACUUGAAACUAAACUUUAUAAAGGUGAUAUACUACCAACAAGUGGAGGAGGUGCGCAAGUUGUAUUUAAUGACAUGGAACAUUUAAAACAAGUAUCACCUGUUGUAAGCAGAAAACGUAGCGUUUUUUUAAGUCCAGAAAAUAAAGAUUUCGUUUCACAAAAAGAAUGUUGCGGUUCGGAAGAAAAUUAUUCGAAGAAACCACGCGUUUAGCUUCAUCAAGAUAACUUUUGUAUGCGUUAUUUUGCUUAUGAAACAUUGCAAAAAUAUGUUUCAUAAAUAAGAUAAAAUACAUAAUAUGUAUGUAAAAACCAAAGUUGCGAAGAGGUGAAAUUCUCUUCGAUCUCGUUAUGCAAUAACAAAAAGUACAAAUCAAUUAUAAGUAUAUAAACUUAUGUUUAUUAUAUCUUUGUUUAAUUUGACAACGAAAUAUAUAUUUUCUGUUACCGAGUUAGAUUAAUUUUAAUAAUAGGAAAAUAAGUUAAUUGUUUAUAGUUUAAAGUAUAUUGUUGCGAAAGCUAUUUCUUACUAAAAGACUAAUUACUGUGCAGCUUAUAAAAUAAAAUUCAACAUAUUCCUUCCUAAUAUCUUUUUUUAUUUAUAAUUCCUUAUCGUGUUAAAUGUCCAUUUAUUUCCCGUGGCUUCUACAACACAGACUCUGUGAAUAAUACAAACGUUAGGAUAACAGAAGCCUGGACGUGUAUUGCCAACAGCAAAGUAGUGAAUAUAUAUAU